GACCUUGACAGCCCUUUCUCACUCCCUCUUUUGUUUUUAUCCCCUUUGGCAUCCUCUUGCUCUGUCCGUCACGCCUUCACCCUGGCAAGGAAAGGUUCUGCUUCAACCACACGACACUCGUCUUGCAGAACGACAGAGACCCUCCUCAGAGACCUCCUGAAAGACCUCCUGAAAGAUCUCCCAGAGACCUCCCAAGAGACUCCCCACCAUGGCUGUCUCUGACUCUUCCUCCGCCGAGAGGCUCGUCGUCCUCGCCUCGACGCGCGCCGUAAUCACUCUGCCCGACGAUUCCCUCGUUCUCACGCCAGCGACCAUUACUCUGUCGCCUUCCACCGGCAGGAUUGUCGACAUUGUCCACGAUGUCCUCCCCGCCUCGUCGUUUCCCGCCUCCACAACCUACAUCGACCACGGCGACAAGGUCCUGCUGCCUGGUCUUGUCGACGCCCACGUUCACCUCAACGAGCCGGGCCGCACCGAGUGGGAGGGCUUCUGGACGGGCACACGCGCUGCUGCUUCGGGUGGCGUCACCACGGUCAUCGACAUGCCCCUGAACGCUAUCCCCCCCACCACGACGCUCGCUGGCUUCAAGGAGAAGCUGGCGGCGAGCGAAGGCCAGUGCUGGGUUGAUGUUGGCUUUUACGGCGGCGUCAUCCCCGGAAACGCCGCCGACCUCCUGCCUCUCGUCGAAGCCGGUGUGCGCGGCUUCAAGGGCUUCCUCAUCGAGUCUGGUGUCGACGAGUUCCCUGCCGUUUCCUCCGGCGAUGUCGCUCUCGCCAUGGAGACCCUCAAGGACACACCUACGACGCUCAUGUUCCACGCCGAAAUGAUCCCUCCCAUUGCCGACUCGGUCGAUCUUGUCUCUCGCCCCAUCGCCCCCGACCUGCACCUUCACAUUGUUCACCUGUCGGCGGCUCAGGCCAUCCCCGCGCUAAAGAGCGCGCGCCAGGCCGGUGUCAAGAUCACUGCUGAGACGUGCUUCCACUACCUCGGCCUCGCCGCCGAGUCGAUCGAGGACGGCGACACGCGCCACAAGUGCUGCCCACCGAUUCGCGAGGACUCGAACCGCGACCUGCUGUGGGAGGAGUUGCUGGCCGAGGACUCGUGCAUCCGCACCGUCGUUUCGGACCACUCGCCCUGCACGCCCCAACUCAAGCUACUGCCAGGUCAUCUCGCGGCGCCGCCAUCCUUCGAGGCCCCUCCCAUGUCCUUCUCUGAUUCCGGCGUCGACGUCAAGUCGGCGCUUGAUGACGAGGAGGCCACUCUCCCCAAGCCCGUGACGGCCGCGCCCAGCCCUGGCGUCAGCACAGAGGACGUGGCGAGCGGCGACUUCUUCGCCGCCUGGGGUGGCAUCAGCUCUGUCGGUCUCGGUCUGCCCAUCCUCCACGCCGAGGCCGCGACGCGGGCGUCGCUUGGCAAGGGCGGCUUGACGCUCGUCGACGUCGCGCGGCUGUGCAGUCAGGCGACGGCCGCGCAGGUCGGUCUCAGCCACCGCAAGGGCGGCCUGCGGGUCGGCCUCGACGCCGACGUGUGCGUCUUUGACGACCGCGAGGCGUGGACGCUGCGGAGCGGGGACAUGCGCUGGCGCAACCGGUGCUCACCGUGGGAGGGCAAGCAGUUUGGCGGCCGCGUCCGGGAGACGUGGGUGCGUGGGCAAAAGGUCUUUGAGUUUGGCGGCCGAGGUGGCGGUUUUGUAGAGGGCAAGCCUGUUGGCGAGGCCAUUGUCGAGAGGAGGACCAUGUAA